GGACCAAGCUGCAGAAAUCCAAACACAUUUCAACACUGACUGAGAAUAUUGAGACAAAGCAUGGCGGACAAACCAGUGAGGGUCUUGGCGUGUGGAGACGUUGGAGGCCGGCUGAACGCUCUGUUCAACAGAGUCCAGACCAUCCAGAAGAAGACGGGCCAGUUUGAUCUCUUGCUGUGUGUCGGGGAGUUUUUCGGGACGACGCCGGAGGCCGAAGCCGAGUGGCAGCAGUACAAAACCGGAGCCAAGAAAGCUCCCAUCCACACGUACAUCCUCGGAGCAGCGAGUCAGGAGACGGUGAAGAGUUUCCCCGGAGCCGACGGCUGCGAGCUGGCCGACAACAUCACGUAUCUGGGUCGGCGUGGUGUGUUCACGGGCGUGUCCGGACUACAGAUCGCCUACGUCAGCGGUCGGGAGGCGCAGCAGGAACCGGCCCCGGCUCACUGCUUCACCUCCAAAGACCUGUCGGCCCUCGUGGCCCCGCUGACCGGCAGCUCCAAGUUCAGAGGAGUCGACGUCCUGCUGACGUCACAGUGGCCCCGAGGAGUGUGGCAGUACGGGAACCCCCCGGAGGUGAACACUAAGUUUUGUGGCAGCGGCUCCGUGGCCGACCUCGCCGACCACCUGAAGCCGAGAUACCACUUUGCUGCUCUAGAGGGCGCUCACUACGAGAGACUCCCGUACAGGAAUCAUGUGAUUCUCCAGGAAAACGCUCAACACGUCAGCCGCUUCAUCGCCCUGGCAACCGUCAACAACCCCGCCAAGAAGAAGUAUUUGUACGCCUUCAACAUCGUCCCCAUGAAGUCCAUGGAUCCGUCAGAGUUGGUGAAGCAGCCUCAGGACGUGACGGAGAACCCCUACAGACGCUCCGCCAAAGACAAGAACAAACCCAAGACGGACUUCAGCACCACACAGGAGGAGGAGCCGGCCCAUCAGUUCUUCUUCGACCUGAGUAAGAAGCAGGGGGGGUUCCGAGGCCGCGGCAGGAAGAGACAUCCUGACGGAGACGGAGACGGACGAGGACGAGAUCAUCAGCCGCAUGACGGAGGAGACGGGCACAAACAGCCCCGCAGACCACACCCUCAGCCGACCGGUCCGUGCUGGUUCUGUCUGGCGAGUCCUCAGGUGGAGAAGCACCUCGUCAUCAGCAUAGGAGAACACUGUUACCUGGCUCUGGCCAAAGGCAGCCUGACGCCUCAGCACAUGCUGAUCCUCCCCAUCGGUCACUACCAGUCGGUGGUGGAGCUGAGCUCUGAGGUUCUGGAGGAGAUGGAGAAGUACAAGACGGCCCUGAAGAGCUUCUACAAGAGCCGAGGAGAGCGCUGUGUGCUGUUUGAGAGGAACUACAGGAGCCAACACCUGCAGCUGCAGGUCGUCCCGGUGCCGCUGGACCGCUGCACCACCGAGGACAUCAAGGAGGCGUUCAUGGUCCAGGCUCAGGAACAACAGAUGGAGAUGAUGGAGAUCCCUGAACACACCGACCUCAAACAGAUUGCUCCUCCUGGGACACCGUACUUCUACGUGGAGCUGGACACGGGGGAGAAACUCUACUACCGCAUCCAGAAACACUUCCCUCUGCAGUUUGGAAGGGUGGUUCUGGCCAGCGAGGCUCUGCUGAACAUCCCGACUCGGGCCGACUGGAAGGAGUGUAAACAGAGCCGGGAGGAGGAGGAGGACAGCUGCAAGAAGCUCAGAGACGACUUCCAGCCGUACGACUUCGCCUGGGAGGACUAACACACACACACACACACACACACACACACACACACACACACACACACACACACACACACUUUCUACAGAAUUUCCUACUUUUUAUAUUUUGAAAGAAAAGAAAGGUGGAAGGUGGAGAUGGAUGAGAAGAAAGACACCACUAUCAUUUUUCUGUACAGCAAAUGGGAAGCUACCAGCAGCAGCUUAGCUUAGCAUAAAGACUGUAAACGGGUGGAAACAGCUAGCCUGGCUCUGUCCAAAGUAGCAAAAUCCACCUGCUUUGUUGCCUUUUAACAGAGCCAGGCUAGCUGUUCCCACCUGUUUACAGUCUUUAUGCUAAGCUACGCUAACCAGCUCCAGCUAUGUGUUUACAAGGCUGUUCUUUUUUAUCCCUCCAAGAGUGUUGUUCCUUCUAGUCCCGCCCCUCUGUGCUGUGAUUGGCUGAUUAUGUGACAGUAGCCAUGUGCAUUAUGUGGAUGAAAACAUUUAAGUUUGUAUUUUGUAAAAGAUUUACAAUUAAACUCUUAUUUUGGGUUUUUCUUGUGUGAUGUUA